AUGUCUGCCGACAAGGAGCUUAGAGCCCAUGAGGCUGCUCUUGAUUCUACCGAUCAAGAUGAUUGGGAUAUGCAGCGCCUGGGUAAGGCCCAGCAGUUGAAGCGAAAUUUCCGAUUCUAUUCCAUCCUGGGCUUCACGACUACCUUGAUGGCUACGUGGGAGUCGAUCUUGCUGACGAGUACAUAUGGCCUGACUGAUGGCGGUCGCGCCGGCAUGGUCUAUGUCUAUAUUGGCUCAUUUGUGGGGUUCUUUGCGGCUGUUAUUUCCAUGGCAGAGAUCGCUUCAGUCUCGCCAACAUCCGCUGGACAAUACCACUGGGUCAGCGAAUUCGGCCCCCCAAGAGCGCAGCGCUUUAUGAGCUACCUGACCGGAUGGCUGUCAGUACUGGGUUGGCAAGCUGCAUUUGCCAGUAUCUGCUUCCUGUGCGGCACGCUGAUCCAGGGACUUCUUGUCUUCAAUUACUCGGGCGACACCGGCUAUGUAUACGACUACCACCGCUGGCACGGAACUCUUCUAACUAUUGCCAUCGCCGCGAUCGGAACCCUCGUCAACACAUACGGUGCCAAGUUCCUGCCUUCCCUCGAAGUCGUCAUCUUAGGCCUUCAUCUCGGCGGCUUUGUCGCCGUGCUCGCGACAAUGUGGGGAAUGUCGUCCGACGUAGCUCCUAGCGAGGUCGUCUGGAAAGAGUUCACAAACUCCGGCGGAUGGUCUAGCAUGGGCUUGGCCUGUCUCGUGGGCCAGUUGACUCCCAUCUUCUCGUGGACCGGGCCCGAUGCCGCAACCCACAUGGCCGAGGAAGUGCAAAACGCUGCCUUUGUCAUCCCCUGGUGCAUGGUUUCCACGGCUUUGAUCAACGGUGGCCUGGGCUUCGUCAUCUUGGUCACACUCCUGUACACAAUGGGACCCCUAGCCGACGUCCUUAAUCCGGCGAGCGGCUUCUCGUUCAUUCCCGCUGUUCAGCAUGCCACCGGCUCCAUGGCAGCUACCAACGGUGUCGCGGCGAUUAUCCUCGUCAUGGAGGUUUGCAGCGCAAUCAGUAUUCUCGCCACUGCCUCCAGACAGACCUUCGCUUUUGCCCGCGACAACGCCCUGCCCUUUUCCAAGGCCCUGUCUCACGUCAACAGUCGGACUCAGGUUCCUGUCACGUCUGUCUUGGUUUCCACCAUCAUUACCGUCUUGCUAAGCUUGAUUAAUAUUGGGUCUACGGCCGCAUUCAACGCUAUCGCAUCCGUCAUGAUCGCUGCCCUGUUCACAACUUACAUUCUUUCUAUCGCGGCUUUUAUUCGAGCCCGUCGCCUUCCGGGCGGAAUCCCUCCAUCGCGCUUUUCGCUUGGCCGCCUUGGAAUGCCCAUCAAUAUUUUUGCAGUUGCCUGGCUCUGCUUUUCGGUCAUUUUCACUUUCUUCCCUACCGCCAGUAACCCGAGCCCUGUCGAUAUGAACUGGUCCAUCUUGGUCUUUGGCGUCGUCAUCAUCUUCGCUGUUGUGCAAUAUCUCGUUCACGGCAGCCGCAUUUACGAAGCGCCCGUCACACAAGUGCGCAAGAACAAUUAG